AUGGAGAUUGUAACACAUUUGAUCAAUGACACCAUAGAGUUCUACAAAUGGACAUUGACCAUUGCAGACAAGCGUGUGGAGAAAUGGCCUUUGAUGGACAACCCCCUGCCCACACUGGCCAUCAGCACCUCCUACCUGCUGUUCCUGUGGCUUGGGCCCAAAUACAUGAAAAACAGGGAGCCUUUCCAGCUCCGCAAAACUCUAAUCAUCUACAACUUCAGUAUGGUCUUCCUCAACUUUUUCAUCUUCAAAGAGUUGUUUAUGGCAGCACGGGCUGCAGGAUACAGUUAUAUCUGUCAAUCAGUCAAUUACUCAGAUGAUCCCAAUGAAGUCAGGGUGGCAGCAGCCUUGUGGUGGUACUUUGUCUCCAAAGGUAUUGAAUACCUGGACACAGUGUUUUUCAUUCUGAGGAAAAAGUUCAACCAGGUGACCUUCUUGCAUGUGUACCACCACUGCACCAUGUUCACUCUGUGGUGGAUUGGCAUCAAAUGGGUGGCAGGAGGACAGUCAUUUUUUGGAGCUCACAUGAACGCAGCGAUCCAUGUUCUGAUGUACUUGUAUUAUGGACUGGCCUCUUGUGGACCUAAGAUUCAGAAGUAUCUUUGGUGGAAGAAGUACUUAACCAUCAUCCAAAUGAUUCAAUUUCACGUAACAAUUGGACACACUGCUCUGUCCCUCUAUGUUAACUGCGACUUCCCUCACUGGAUGCACUACUCCCUCAUCUGCUAUGCCAUCACCUUUAUUAUCCUGUUUGGUAACUUCUAUUACCAGACCUACCGUCGGCAGCAGCCAAAACGUGAAGCUGUCUCCUCCAAAUCCAACAAGUCCCUUUCCAAUGGGACUCUCAAUGGACUCAGCAAGGCCACAAAUGGAGCCACAGCAUCAGGAAACAAGGAGGAGAAGACCCAGGACAACACUGGAAGAAGAAAGAGGAAAGGAAGAGCUAAGAGAGAUUAAUUGAAUUAUUUGGGUUUUAUAGAAAUUAUGAGGACUAUUUCAAUUGUUUGAUGCCUAAUGGUUAUGUUUUCAAGCCACGAUCUUGAGUUGUUAAAAUCUGAGAAACCCCUAUUGAGAAUGAGAUAUAGAAGUUCACACUGGAUAGGUUGACAGUUAUCACAAUAGUUUUGGUGUCUUGUGGUGCCAAUGAAAAUUUUACAAACAAGUGAACAAAACAAUAGUAGAAGAUGGAGAUGGGGAGUAAAGAUGUAUUUUUGUCUCAUCAAAGCAAAGCUGAGUUUCCAUGCACGAGGUCAGAUCUGCAUUCAAACCUACAGUUGUUGCUUUCAAACGAUGCUGUAUUCACAGAUAAGAACACAUGCACAGACAAUAGACCAUUGAGUUUCUAGCAAUUUCUUUAAGAUUAGAGAUAAAUACCAUAUAACUGAUCAAAUGUACAGUAUCUUGUCAUAUAUACGAUAUAUUUCAACCAUGUCACAAGAUGUUGGUCAAGCUUAAAUCAAGUUUACAAUGUUUUUAAAAACUACCACUGCUAGAGCUAAGGAAAAGUUGUCUAUAAGAUUAUAGAGAAGAAAUGUAGGUGGAGCAUCAUUUUUAGAUCCAAUGUAUUUUAGACAUUUUCUAAGCAGACUGUCAAUGCAGGUUUUCUAUAUAGCCCUACAUGUAUGUCAAAGGUAUAUGUCACUGAAUCAUUGUAAACUCUCAA